AUGGGUGGGGAACAUUUGCAAUGCUGUUAUCGCGAGCAGCUGGCGUACUCCUUGUACGCUCGCUUUCGAGAGCCCAAGCUAUUCAGAAUGGCUGUGGAUGGGAAUUGGGACACAAUUCCAGAGCGGUGCCUCUCUCAUCCAAGGGAAGCCGCCUUUCUUCACAAAUAUGCUCCUUAUGAUACAGCAUUGCACCGUGUCUUGCGGCCUACUGAGAGUGAAUGUUCCUUCCGGGAGGAUCUGGACGACGACAUGAAAAUAGAAAUUGAUGGUAUCAAAUUCGCUGCGGUCCGGGCGCUUCUAUUGGCAAAUCCGGAGGCCGCUUCCAUCCAGGAUGCAUUUGGAAGAACGCCAUUACAUUUGGCUUGCAUAGAUUCGGAAGCAUGUUGCGUUGCUUCGGCGUCCUUGAUUGUGAAGUCAAACCCGCAAGCUUGUUUGAUUCUCGACGUGGAGAAACGCACACCCUUGCACUUUUUGUUGGCCCGAAACGACACGAUUUCUCCGGAGUUUUUGGAAUUGUUGGUUGCACAUGGUGCGAACGCAGUUUAUUUGAAAGAUGCUGUCGGUGAAAGCGCAAUUGACAUCGUAAGACGACGCCAUGAUAAGAUCAAAAACUCAAAACAUGUUUUGGACAUUUUGAAAAGAGUCGCAACGAGCUAA